UCGGCCGACACUGGUUGGUUGCUAGCAACCCUGGCAUUAUCUUAACCAACACUUAUUCUCUGUUGUUAUUUUGUUGUGUGUUUGCGCUUGAGUACAUCAAUUUUUGUGAUUUCUGCGUGUAAAAAUGGAGAAGUAGCCGCCAAAUGAUGACAAACCACUUGAAAAGCUCGGCAUUUUGAGCAUAAGUUUAAUUUUGUUAAUGUGUCGAUGCUGUUUUUGCCGCAAAAGAAAUCAAUGGGUCGCAAAAAGUUAAAACGCCCCAAGCUAGCACGCACCUUAGAGGAAAUAUUCGUGGAAAUGCAGGAAAUAAUUGAUAACACUCCAUCCUGCUCCACAGUUGAUGUGGGGGCCAUGCUCUCGGAAUCCCUCAUGUCGCAGUUCGACGAAGAGCUGGCCUUGGCCCUAGACAUCGAAGCAGCCAAUGGUGACAGCGGCUCCUCUGACGAAGAACUGAAUGACGUCAUUAACAAAGUCAUCGGCGAAGAGGAAUCCAAUGAUUCUUUGGCUAAUAUCAAAAAUAACACGCCUCCAUAGGAAGGAUUUAGAUGUUUAACAAAAACAAAAAUACUACUAUAUACUUGAGUUCCUUCUGUAUGUUUAAAGAUAAUUACACAAAUCUUAAAAU